UUAAAAACAAUUGCGGUUGCUAUAACAAAUAAAACAAGUUAAAUAAGAAACGUUAAAAGAUGGGUAAAAGUCGAGGGUAUUCCUUAAAAAACAUAGAUUUACAGAAUUAUUGCAAAGCAAAAGCUUCCAGUAUGCCCGUUCAUUUUAAAAAUACUGUAGAAGUGGCAAACGUUCUGCGCGGAAAGACCAUAAAAAGGGCGAACGCCUAUUUAAAAAACGUCAUUGCUAAAAAGGAAUGUGUUCCUUUUAAGAAGUUUAAGGGUGGUGUGGGACGCUGCGCCCAAGCAAAACAAUUUAAAGUAACCCAAGGUCGUUGGCCACGAAAAUCAGCAAGAUUCUUACUAGAUCUUCUCAGAAAUGCCGUUUCUAAUGCCGAAUACAAAGGAAUGGACACAGACCGUCUGCAUAUCCUUCAUAUAAAAGUAAAUUCUGCACCCCUAAACCGCAGAAGAACAUUUAGGGCUCACGGGCAUAUUACACCCUACAUGAGCCAUCAGAGCCAUUUGGAAGUUGUACUGGCAGAAAAAGAAUAACAAUAUAUUACUUUAAAAUGUUUUUGUUACGUAAAUUGAAUAAAUAUAA